AUGACUUUUGAGGUUCGAUUGACACAGGUUCGAUUGACGCAAAGCACGAUCUUCAUCAAAACCGUAAAAUCAGGUUUUUCCGUUAAAAACGUAAAAUCGCUAUCAGAGGAGGUUUGGAACGCUAUCAAGGGAAAAACGCUUGGACGGAAUGUUCCUUGGUUUCUCACUGGAGACUUCAACGAAAUCCUCGACAACUCGGAAAAGGCGGGAGGUCCACCUAGAGCCGAAAACUCGUUUGUGGAGUUUAGAUCGUUCAUGUCAGAGAGUGAUCUAUAUGAUCUAAGACACUCAGGGAACUACCUGUCAUGGAGAGGCGUCAGGGGAAAACACUUGGUAAGAUGCAGACUCGAUAGAGCAAUGGCGAAUAGUGCUUGGAUCGAAGCGUACCCAUCUGGGAGAAGCGAAUAUCUGAAUUUUGAAGGCUCCGACCACAGACCUGUGUUAUCUGUCUUUCAGUUAAACACAAAAAGGAGACAAGGUUUAUUCAGAUAUGAUGGAAGACUGAGGAAUAAUGAAGAAGUAAGCAAGCUCAUAUCAGAAGCCUGGAACCUAUACUCGAGAGACACGGUGGAGCAAAAAAUAUCAAGCUGCCAAAGGGUAAUUAUCAAAUGGCAUCGCAACCAUCAUCUCAAUAGCCGGAAAAAGAUUGAGGCAAAGAAGGCUGAGUUAGAAAACGCAAUGACUAACGACGAAAGCAAUGAGGCUCAAAUCUACCUGAUAAACAGAGAGCUUAAAGAUGCUUACCGAGCAGAAGAAGAGUAUUGGCGUCAAAGAAGCAGACAACUAUGGUUAAACCUGGGAGACAAAAACAGUGGUUACUUCCACGCAGCCACUAGAGGCAGAAGAGCUCAAAAUACCAUCUCUGUAAUUGUCGAUGGGAAUGGAACCUCAGUUUUUGAAGAAGAGAAAAUAGAGGAAGUAAUAACAAAUUACUUUACAGAAAUGUUUACCUCCCAAGGAGCGUCGUGUGCUGAAACUAUUAACCAAAGCAUCUCACCAAAGAUCUCAGAGGAGACCAAUAAGAUGCUAAUCAAAAUCCCGACUUUGGAGGAAAUAAAAGCUGCAAUUUUCUCCAUCCAUCCAGAUAAAGCACCAGGACCAGAUGGGUUCUCAGCUAGCUUCUUCCACUCCAACUGGGGAGUAAUUGGAGCAGACAUAGUGCGUGAAGUCCAAUGCUUCUUCAGGAAUAGUGUUCUACCAAAAGGAACCAAUGCUACCCACAUCUGCCUGAUACCAAAGAAACCAUCCCCUCAGGGAGUUGCGGAUUACAGACCGAUAACAUUGUGUAACGUCUACUACAAAAUUAUUUCCAAAAUACUCACCGCAAGGUUGCAUCCAAUUUUGGACAGUCUAAUCUCGGAGAAUCAAUCGGCGUUUGUCCCAGGAAGAGCGAUCACGGACAACGUAAUGAUCACACAUGAAAUCCUCCAUUUCCUGAAAAUAUCACAAGCCAAGAAGAGAGGGUCAAUGGCUAUUAAAACUGAUAUGACAAAAGCAUAUGACCGUGUGGAAUGGGAAUUCAUCAAGCUGGUAAUGGAAAGGAUGGGAUUUCACUCAACCUGGAUAGGAUGGAUUAUGCAAUGUGUAACCUCAGUUACUUUUCAAAUUCUGAUUAAUGGAGCGGCAAAAGGAAGAGUAAUACCUACAAGGGGAAUACGCCAGGGAGAUCCACUAUCGCCUUAUCUCUUUAUAUUGUGUAGUGAAGUCCUCUCAGGGCUCUGUUCAAAGGCACAAGACAACAGUCAGAUAGCUGGUAUAAGAAUAGCGAAUGGAAGUCCAAGGAUUAAUCACUUACUCUUUGCAGACGACACAAUGUUUUUCUGCAAAUCCAAUGAGAAAACAUGCAAAGCUCUUAAGGAUAUCCUACAAAAAUAUGAAGAAGCUUCUGGUCAGAAAAUAAACUGCCAAAAAUCAGCAUUCACAUUCUCAAAGAAAACUCCAGCAGGUAUAAGAGCAAGAGUUAAAGAUCAGCUUGGAAUCAAAAACGAAGGAGGGCAAGGAAAAUACCUGGGGUUACCGGAGGCGUUUGGAAGGAAAAAGAAAGACCUUUUCAGUUCGGUAGUGGACAGAAUAAGGCAACGCUCAAUCUCAUGGUCCACAAAACAACUUUCAGGUGCAGGGAAGCUCGUGAUGCUCAAAUCCGUGCUAUCCUCGAUGCCCACCUACUCAAUGUCCUGUUUCAAAUUGCAUGUGAGUUUAUGCAAAAGAAUACAAUCGGUGUUAACGAGGUUUUGGUGGGACGCAAAUCCUGAGAAGAAAAAGAUGUGUUGGGUAUCAUGGGAUAAGCUUACCCGAGGAAAGAGAGAGGGCGGACUAGGCAUAAGAGACAUUCAGGACUUCAAUGAUGCUCUCCUAGGCAAACAAAGUUGGAGAAUCCUCUCAAAGCCAGAGAGUUUGCUAGCAAAAAUACUGAAAGGUAAGUACUUCCCGAAAUCUGACUUCCUUGAUGAACAUGUAACAGAGGCAGGUUCACACGGAUGUAAGGGAAUAAUGAUUGGGCGAGAGCUGGUAAAGGAAAAAUUAGGAAGUGUUAUUGGCAAUGGUGAAUCAACACGAGUGUGGGAGGACCCAUGGUUAUCAACGAAGAGCCAAAACGACCUAUGGGACCAGCCCCAAAAGAGGUUAAAGACCUUAAGGUGGCAGACUUAUUCAGACCAAGUUCGAGAUUAUGGAAUGAAGAGCUGGUAA